AUGUGGUUGUUCCGUGUGGAUGACAACACUGACCGAUUUAAAGUGUUCGCGCGAGCACUGUUGAACGGAGAGGUGUUCCCACACUUGAAAGCGCUGAUACCGCACUUGAACGCAAGCCCGGCGAUGGUGACCAAGGGCUGGGCUCAGGAACGUGUGGUGGCCCUGAUAGGAGUUCUAGCUCGCGAAAACGUUUGCACAAAAGCUGACAUGUCUGACAAACUGAGAACGGAUACGAAUUGGCUGCUGCAAGUGUACGCUUUAUGGGUCAAGAAACCGGCACAGGAUGAGUUAGUGAAGAUAUGGGGUGAUUUGCUAGAUUAUGACGCUGGCUUAGUCUAUGCAGAGAAUGAUCAGGCUGAAGCACCCAGCAGGAGAGGGAGGAUGCAAAGUAGUAGUGACGAUGACUCUGCCAGCGAUUGAUUAAACUUCUCAAUAUAAUGAAUUUAUCGUAGCUUUUUCCCAAGCUAUCGAUCUGCGUCUACAAACAUGUGUUUCGAUUGAAGUGAUUGCGUACUGUCCUUCAUAGACAAGUGCUAGUAAGUUACCGGGGAAUGCUCAAUAGACAAGUACUAGGUUAAGUUGCCGGGCGGGGAAUACUCAAUCUAAAAUACGAGAACAGCCUACAAUAUCCUCACUAUACAUAUGCAGUGUGGCUACUGUGGUUCUUAUUAGAAACACGGUAUUAGAAAAAUCCACACUCCAAUGAGGUAUCAGAUUGCCUUUGAAUGUGUUUUACUGCAAGCUUGCGGGUGAGCCUAUGACAAGCUUUGUUUCGCCUCUCUCUCUAGUAGAGAAUGGCAGAAAAAGGUUACAAAAACGCUACCUCUAACUCUCUUAUUCUCCCUCUCUCUCUCACACACUCCCUCUGUCUUCUCUCUUUCGAUAUAUCUUCAUCUCUUCACUAUGCGAGCAUGUGCUUG